GCUUCAUCUGUCAGGGGGCUAUGGGGUGGGAAAGAGUGUGCAGCUCCCGCAGGCCUCCAGGCAGGGGACUUUGUGGGGAGAGGGUGGUCUUCUUCCCGCCCUGUGAGAGUAGUGGGGGAGCUGCUCCCGUGUGUGGACGGGGUAGGGAGACCCGUCUUGCUGGGCUUUUCUGUUUGUUUUGGAGGAGGGUGAGGAAUGCUGAAUGCAUGACGGCUGGGUAUGGUUAGUCCGUCUGGGGGACCUGGGGAGGGUCCCAGAGGCCGGCAACAGACCCGUGAGCAAGGGUGGGGCCAUCCUUCUCCGCCCCCCUCCCCCUCCCGGGGACUCCGUGCUCCCAGAUCAGCGAAGAAGCCGUAGGGAGGGCGAGGGCUGCGGCGAGAGCCCCAGGUGGGGUGCCGAAGGGACGCGCCGGCCACCGCUUGCCCCUUUCCAAAAAGAACCAGCGGGGUCCUCUGUGGCAGGAAACGCACCACCCACCCUCAGCAUGUCACCUCGGGGAGGAGGAGCCAGAUGGCUGAGAGCUAGCAAGGAAAACUCAGGACCAUGAUGGCUCAGUUUCCCACAGUUAUGAAUGGAGGGCCAAAUAUGUGGGCUAUUACCUCUGAAGAGCGGACUAAGCACGACAAGCAGUUUGAUAACCUCAAACCCUCAGGAGGUUACAUAACAGGUGAUCAAGCACGUUCCUUUUUCUUACAGUCAGGCCUGCCAGCUCCUGUUUUAGCUGAAAUAUGGGCUUUAUCAGACCUGAACAAGGAUGGGAAGAUGGAUCAGCAAGAGUUCUCCAUAGCUAUGAAACUCAUCAAACUGAAGCUUCAAGGCCAGCAGUUGCCCGUGGUUCUCCCACCUAUUAUGAAGCAACCUCCUAUGUUCUCUCCAUUAAUUUCUGCUCGUUUUGGAAUGGGAAGCAUGCCUAAUCUGUCCAUUCCUCAGUCAUUGCCUCCAGUCGCACCUAUAGCAACACCCUUGUCCUCUGCGACUUCAGGGACCACCCUUCCUCCCCUGAUGAUGCCUGCCCCCCUAGUGCCUUCUGUUAGCACUUCAUCCUUACCAAAUGGAACCGCCAGUCUCAUUCAGCCUUUAUCCAUUCCUUAUUCUUCUUCAACAUUGCCUCAUACGUCAUCUUACAGUCUGAUGAUGGGAGGAUUUGGUGGUGCUAAUAUACAGAAAGCCCAGUCUCUAAUUGAUUUAGGAUCUAGUAGCUCAACUUCCUCAACUGCUUCCCUCUCAGGGAACUCGCCCAAAACUGGGACCUCAGAGUGGGCGGUUCCUCAGCCUUCACGAUUAAAAUAUCGGCAAAAAUUUAAUAGUCUUGACAAAAGCAUGAGUGGAUACCUCUCAGGUUUUCAAGCUAGAAAUGCGCUUCUUCAGUCAAAUCUUUCUCAAACUCAGCUAGCUACUAUUUGGACUCUGGCUGACGUUGAUAGUGACGGACAGCUAAAAGCUGAAGAGUUUAUCCUAGCGAUGCACCUCACUGACAUGGCCAAAGCUGGACAGCCAUUGCCUCUGACUUUACCUCCUGAGCUUGUCCCUCCAUCUUUCAGAGGAGGAAAGCAAAUUGAUUCCAUUAAUGGAACUCUGCCUUCAUAUCAGAAAAUGCAAGAAGAGGAACCUCAGAAAAAAUUACCAGUUACUUUUGAGGACAAGCGGAAAGCCAACUAUGAGCGAGGGAACAUGGAACUUGAGAAGCGACGCCAGGCCAUGAUGGAGCAGCAACAGAGGGAGGCAGAACGUAAAGCCCAGAAAGAAAAGGAAGAGUGGGAACGAAAACAGAGAGAAUUGCAAGAACAAGAAUGGAAGAAACAGCUUGAAUUAGAAAAACGCUUGGAGAAGCAGAGGGAAUUGGAGAGACAACGGGAGGAAGAAAGAAGAAAAGAGAUCGAAAGACGAGAGGCAGCAAAACAAGAGCUUGAAAGACAACGGCGUUUAGAAUGGGAGAGAAUUCGUAGACAGGAGCUUCUCAAUCAAAAGAAUAGAGAACAGGAAGAAAUUGUCAGGUUAAACUCUAAAAAGAAGAGUCUUCAUCUCGAGUUGGAAGCACUGAAUGGCAAACAUCAGCAGAUCUCAGGCAGACUUCAAGAUGUCCGACUCAGAAAGCAAACACAAAAGACUGAACUAGAAGUUCUGGAUAAGCAGUGCGACCUGGAAAUUAUGGAAAUCAAGCAACUCCAACAAGAACUUCAGGAAUAUCAAAAUAAGCUUAUCUAUUUGGUACCUGAGAAGCAAUUAUUAAAUGAAAGAAUUAAAAAUAUGCAGCUCGGUAACACACCUGAUUUAGGGAUCGGUUUACUUCAUAAAAAAUCAUUAGAAAAGGAAGAAUUAUGCCAAAGACUUAAGGAACAAUUAGAUGCUCUUGAAAAAGAAACUGCAUCUAAGCUAUCUGAAAUGGAUUCAUUUAACAAUCAACUAAAGUGUGGGAAUAUGGAUGACUCUGUUCUUCAGUGCCUUUUGUCUCUGCUAAGCUGUCUCAACAACCUCUUCCUCUUACUUAAGGAACUGAGAGAAAGCUACAACACACAGCAGUUAGCCCUUGAACAACUUUAUAAGAUCAAACGUGACAAGUUGAAGGAAAUUGAAAGAAAGAGAUCAGAGCUAAUACAGAAAAAGAAACUAGAAGAUGAGGCUGUAAGGAAAGCAAAGCAAGGAAAAGAAAACUUAUGGAGAGAAAGUCUUAGAAAGGAGGAAGAAGAAAAACAAAAGCGACUCCAGGAAGAAAAAACACAAGAAAAAGUUCAAGAAGAGGAGCGGAAGGCUGAGGAGAAACAAUGUAAGGAUAAGGAUAAAAAGAAUAGAUUUGAUUUUUCUGAGACAGAGCGACAAAAGAGACAAGAGAAAAAUAAAGAUUCUGGUGAGCCAGCUAGUGCUUUGGUGAAUUAUAGAGCAUUAUACCGCUUUGAAGCGAGGAACCAUGAUGAGAUGAGUUUUAAUUCUGGAGAUAUAAUACAGGUUGAUGAAAAAACCGUAGGAGAACCUGGUUGGCUUUAUGGCAGUUUUCAAGGAAGUUUUGGCUGGUUUCCAUGCAACUAUGUAGAGAAAAUGUCAUCAAAUGAAAAAGCUGUGUCUCCUAAGAAGGCCUUACUUCCUCCUACAGUAUCUUUAUCUGCUACCUCAACUACUACUGAAUCACUUUCUUCAAAUCAACCAGCAUCAGUGACUGAUUAUCAAAAUGUAUCUUUUUCAAAUCUAACUGUUAAUACAUCAUGGCAGAAAAAAUCAGCUUUUACUCGCACUGUGUCCCCUGGAUCUGUAUCACCUAUUCAUGGACAGGGACAAGUUGUAGAAAACCUAAAAGCACAGGCCCUUUGUUCCUGGACUGCAAAGAAAGAUAACCACUUGAACUUCUCAAAACAUGAUAUUAUUACUGUCUUGGAGCAGCAAGAAAAUUGGUGGUUUGGGGAGCUACGUGGAGGAAGAGGAUGGUUUCCAAAAUCUUACGUCAAAAUCAUCCCCGGGAGUGAAGUCAAGCGAGAAGAACCAGAAGCUUUGUAUGCAGCUGUAAACAAGAAACCUACCUCCACAGCCUAUACGGUUGGAGAAGAGUAUAUUGCACUUUAUCCAUAUUCAAGUGUAGAACCUGGAGAUUUGACUUUCGCUGAAGGUGAAGAAAUAUUGGUGACCCAGAAAGAGGGAGAAUGGUGGACAGGAAGUAUUGGAGAUAGAACUGGAAUUUUUCCAUCAAAUUAUGUCAAAGCAAAGGAUCAAGAGAGUUUUGGGAGUGCUAGCAAAUCUGGAACAUCAAGUAAAAAACCUGAGAUUGCACAAGUAACUUCAGCAUAUGUGGCUUCUGGUUCUGAACAACUUAGCCUUGCACCAGGGCAGUUAAUAUUAAUUCUAAAGAAAAAUACAAGUGGGUGGUGGCAAGGGGAGUUACAGGCCAGAGGUAAAAAGCGACAGAAGGGAUGGUUUCCUGCCAGCCAUGUUAAACUUUUGGGUCCAAGUAGUGAAAGAACUACACCUGCCUUUCAUCCAGUGUGUCAGGUGAUCGCUAUGUAUGACUACACAGCGAAUAAUGAGGAUGAGCUAAACUUCUCCAAGGGACAACUUAUUAAUGUUUUGAACAAAGAUGAUCCUGACUGGUGGCAAGGAGAAAUCAGUGGGCUGACUGGUCUCUUUCCUUCAAACUAUGUUAAGAUGACAACAGACUCAGAUCCAAGUCAACAGUGGUGUGCCGAUCUCCAAACCCUGGACACCAUGCAGCCAAUAGAGAGGAAAAGGCAGGGCUACCUUCACGAGCUGAUUCAGACUGAGGAGCGGUACGUGGACGACCUUCAGCUCGUCGUGGAGGUUUUUCAGAAACCGAUGAUGGACUCAGGUGUCCUCACGGAAGGAGAAAUGGCCUUGAUCUUUGUUAACUGGAAGGAGCUCAUCAUGUCCAACACGAAGCUGCUGAAGGCCUUACGGGUGCGGAAGAAGACCAGCGGCGAGAAGAUGCCCGUGCAGAUGAUUGGGGACAUCCUGGCAGCUGAGCUGUCCCACAUGCAGGCUUACAUCCGGUUCUGCAGCUGUCAGCUUAAUGGAGCAGCUCUGUUACAGCAGAAGACAGAUGAAGACACCGACUUCAAGGAAUUUUUAAAGAAGCUGGCGUCCGACCCCCGAUGUAAAGGAAUGCCCCUUUCCAGCUUCCUGCUGAAGCCCAUGCAGAGGAUCACCCGCUACCCCCUCCUCAUCAGAAGCAUUCUGGAGAACACCCCUGAGCACCACGUAGACCAUUCCUCCCUAAAGCUGGCCCUCGAGCGGGCAGAGGAGCUGUGCUCUCAAGUUAAUGAAGGCGUUCGGGAGAAGGAAAAUUCAGACCGACUGGAGUGGAUCCAGGCACACGUUCAGUGCGAAGGCCUCGCAGAGCAACUUAUUUUCAACUCCCUCACCAACUGCCUGGGGCCUCGGAAGCUUCUGCACAGUGGGAAACUCUACAAGACCAAGAGCAACAAGGAGCUGUGCGGGUUCCUCUUCAAUGACUUCCUGCUGCUCACCCACAUGGUCAGGCAGUUUGCGGUCUCCUCGGGCUCUGAGAAGCUUUUCAGCUCCAAGUCCAACGCUCAGUUCAAAAUGUACAAGACGCCCAUUUUCCUGAAUGAAGUCUUGGUGAAACUGCCCACAGACCCUUCCAGCGAUGAGCCUGUUUUCCACAUUUCCCACAUUGACCGGGUCUACACCCUCCGCACAGACAACAUUAACGAGAGGACUGCCUGGGUCCAGAAGAUCAAGGCGGCUUCUGAGCAGUACAUCGACACCGAGAAGAGGAAACGGGAGAAGGCUUAUCAAGCUCGCUCUCAAAAGACCUCAGGCAUUGGGCGACUGAUGGUGCAUGUCAUUGAAGCUACAGAAUUAAAAGCCUGUAAACCAAAUGGAAAGAGCAAUCCAUAUUGUGAAAUCAGCAUGGGCUCCCAGAGCUACACUACCAGAACCCUCCAGGACACACUAAAUCCCAAGUGGAAUUUUAACUGCCAGUUCUUUAUUAAGGACCUUUACCAGGAUGUGCUGUGUCUCACCAUGUUUGACAGAGACCAGUUUUCACCAGAUGAUUUCCUGGGUCGUACUGAAGUUCCAGUGGCAAAAAUUCGAACAGAACAGGAAAGCAAAGGCCCCACCACUCGCCGACUCCUGCUGCACGAGGUUCCCACCGGGGAGGUCUGGGUCCGCUUUGACCUGCAGCUUUUUGAGCAAAAGACUCUCCUGUAGGAGCCUUGGGGACCUGCCCACUAGGCUGGGCUGGAGAAGACUGCGGUGCUGCCCCCAGGCUGCAGGAGGGUCACGCGGCUUCAUCCAUCACUAGGCCACGCACGCCGGGGCCCUCUAUGUUAUUGCACACUAAAAUCGCUAGCAAUCUAUGCAAACAUGAUCUUUCCUACACAUAAACCCAACCCCAUAGCACAGUGCCUUGUACUAGUGUUAACAUGUUCGGCUGUGUUUAGAUGCCAAGGUUUCCAUUUUCAGGGCUAUAAAAAGUAUUAUGUGGAAAUGAGGCAUCGGACCACCAGACGUUACCACUUGGUUGAAUGUGUCCACUGUGGGUGGUUUUGGUGACGCUGUAACCAUUCCACACCACGUGACCUCUGCCGGGUCACAGCCACUCAGGAGGUAAAGGAUUGGGACGAAAUGCUGCAGCCUCAGCGUGUGAACAGCCUGAUACUGAAAUAGUGUCUACUCGUGCACUGAAUAAAAAACAGAAACUUGAUCGUUUUAUUCCUGAUUAGAUUUUAUCAUUCUCUGCUGAGACAAUAUAGUUUGAAAUCUACAGGGGAAAGCUUGAUUUACUUUAAAUACUGUGAACUCUAAUGAUGUGGAAAAUAUUUUUCAACUUUAAUUUUCUGAAGUAUAAAUUAUUUAUGUAAAUUCCUUGUUUUGCAUAUUUCAUAGGACAUGCACCUUUAAGCUUUAUCAUUGCCAAUAUGUACAGAAAGAAUAAAAAUACAAGUUUAUGAAUGUAA